AAAACAAAAUCGAGGGCUUACACAGACAGCGGUUUUGAGCGCCAUUUUGCUUAUACAGUUGACGGGAUAAUAUUUUUAAAAUAAAAACGGUACAUCGUUGCAACCCUAUCCUUAUUGGCAUUUGGCAAUCCGCUGAUUGUCGAAUUGUUGGAUGUGAAUUUAUUAGUAUUUAUUUCGUAUUUAUUAUGAAAAAAUGUGUUUUGAUGGAUUAAUUUAGUGGAAAAAUGGAUGACAACGAAUUCUUUAGCCAAACAGUGCAACACCUUGCCCGAUGUUUAUCUAAUAUAAACCCUACACCAUGGGAAAAGGUGAACACACUGUUUAUGCUUUGCCCGCAAGCCAGCUCUGCUAUUGUGGUAAAUCCUCGUAGCCAAGAAGCGUGCAUUGCACUGGGACUGUACUUUCUACAGAGUGGAUUGCAGCAUCAGGAUAAGCUACUACCAUACUUUUUGAAGGUUCUUAAGUCUCUCACACACGCUCAGUUUGAAGAACCACUGUAUAAAAUAAAAAAUGCAGACCGUAUACCCAUGUCGGAAAAAUUCAGCUUCUGCUUAAAUACACUCCUCUCUGAUAUCGCUGCCAAACAACAUUCUCUGAGGGAGGAGAUCAUAACAUCCCAAAUAGAGCUUAUGUCCAACUUAUCAAAGAUCAUAAUCAGUUGCCACGAGAAUAAAGAUAAUACGGAAAACGUAUCAAGGCUACAACUAUGCAAGAAUACGAUACCUGUGCUUAUAGGUUUGGCCAGAUCCAUGGGUCGGUAUGCUACUGUAGAUCCACCAUUAUUAUGCAGGUUGUACCCACAGCCAAGCAGUCCUGCGAAGACCAAAGAGCCGGAACCAAAUUUCGAAUAUUCAACUUUAGAUAAAAAGAGGAAGUUCAAUCAGUUCCGUCCCAUAAUACCACGUUCCCUAUCUGGGAAUUUGAACCCUAAUAACGAGCAUAUAAUUGAGAACGGUACUGACGUAGUCGAUGGAGGUACUCUGAAAAGAGGCUCUCUACACAGUUACCAAAGCGUCCCGUAUGAUCCAACUACGUACUUUUUUCAUAAGUUCGGAUCCAGUUUCAAUCAAUUUCCAUACAUGAGGUUCUCCGAGUCGCCAGAGAAGAGGAUCAGCGUGCAAUUUUUAGUGACAUAUCUUCAGUCUAUAUUGUCGAUCGCUAAGAGGCUUCUAACCAAAGAUCUUCUAGCAUUUUUGGAUGAGGAGACUGAGGACAUUUAUGCUUCUGGUCAGAUUCAAGUGUUCCCAUACAAAUCUUUUUCGGAGACACUGAAUUUGGUUAUGGUGACAUUGCUUAGAGAAUUACUGCAGCAUCAAAAGGAUUUACCAGGUCCAUUCACGAAAGAUGUACAGGAGUUCGUAAAGUGUCUUUUCCUAAGUGGACAGACGGAGCUGCAGAGCCGCCACCAUGACGCGUCUGAGAGGGAAGACAGAGAGAGCAACUUCGCCACAGUAAAUAAAUUCAAAGUCAACGUAAUGGCCAAUUCGGCCUGCGUUGAUUUGCUAGUAUGGGCUAUAGGUGAUGAAACUGGUGCUGAUUCACUGUGCGGUCGUUUGACGGAAAAAAUUAAUUCCAACCAUAAUCACAAGUUGAUAUUGGCACAUAUGCCUUUGCUGAUGGUCUGCCUUGAAGGGUUAGGCAAACUAGCGACCAAAUUCCCAACUAUUGCCAACACAUCCAUCUACUGUUUGAGAGAUUUUCUGGUAACACCGUCGCCGAUCCUCUUUAAGCUGCAUAAAUUGGAGUUGGAGAAGACUGGCAAAGAGCACAUGAAAGUUACACUACAAGGCAAAGAGCUCCAAGGUCUAACUGAGACCGGUGUACCCGUGAAAUCUACGCCAUUCGAGAAGCUUCGAGACGCUGCCAUAGAGAACUUAUGCGUCGCAUUGGAAGCCGCGCUAACAGUCGAUCCAUUCUGCGUACCCGCGCUAGUCGGAUCCGUCAGUAAUAGACUUUUUACUGCUGAAACGAGUGAUAGCGAAUCUUCACUAAUCAGUACAAACAUAGUCAUAAUGCUGGGACAUGUCGCUGUUGCUUUGAAGGACACGCCAAAGACCACAGACACCAUACUACAGUUCUUUCAACAGAGGUUAUGUCGCGCUCCAUCGUCGCUGGAUACGUUGAUAGUUGACCAACUCGGGUGCAUGGCGCUGGCAAGCCCCGAGGGGCCGGCCCACGACGAAAUCAUGCGCAUGUUCACAGUCAUUACGGUGGAGGCGGCCAGCGCCGCCUACCACCACACCGACGACAGGAAACAAUACAGACAUGUCUCCGGUGCGGUACUGAACGCGCUCGCGAACAUAGCGGCUAAUGUUCGCGGCACCUCCGCACGCUUGGAGUUGCUGACUCGCCUGCUCGAAUUAUUCGUCCAACUCGGCCUAGGAGGCGAACGGGCCACGGAUCGCUCGCCCGCGCCCGUACUGAAGGCGUCUGGCAGCGCCGGCAACUUAGGCGUGCUCAUACCGGUCAUCGCUGUUCUAGUCAAAAGGUUACCACCAAUCAAAAAUCCAAAGCCCAGGCUUCACAAACUUUUCAAAGAUUUCUGGCUGUAUUGCGUCGUUAUGGGAUUUACAGCCGCCGAAUCAGGACUCUGGCCCCAAGAGUGGUACGCGGGCGUAAAAGAAAUAGCUGUGAAGUCGCCGUUCCUAGUCUCGCAAACUUCAUUGCGCUCAGAAAUGCGCGAACUUCAGUACACAUCAGCUGUAAGGAACGAUUCUGUCUCCAUCAACGAACUACAAGAGUUGAAAACGCAGAUACUGAAUCUAUUGGAGCAUCCCGCUGAUGUGACUGUUAUCGUGAACAAGUUGACGUUUGCGCCGUGCAUGUACUUACUGAGCGUUUACUGGCUGGAGACUUUGAGGGUAUCUAAUUCGCCGGAACCGAGUCUGCAACCGAUCAUAGAGUACUUAAGCGAUACAGCCCUACAGAAAGAUAAAAGUGGCAUGUGGCAAUGCGUGGCAAGCGUCGGCGACAAAGUGUUCCUCAAGUUUCUAGACGUUAUGUCCCAAAAAGUCAAGGACGAGUCCAGAGAACGCGAGUUAGAGAGCCACGCCCAAUUCCUUCUAGUGAAUUUCAACCAUAUUCACAAGCAAAUACGGCGGGUAGCCGAUAAAUGGCUGGCGGGCUUAGUGGAUCGAUUUCCUCAUUUGUUAUGGAACUGUAGAGUACUAUGGUCAAUGUUGGACAUUCUUCAAGUGCUAAGCUUCAGUUUGGAAUUAGACGCGAACCAAGAAACUCCCUUACUGAAAGUGCCUGGCACGGACUUCACGUUGCAACUUCAAGACACGUUGGAAGGCAGAGAGAGCAUAGUGAAAGAUUUCGCUGACCGUUGUCAUGGGAUAGUGCAAGAAGCUAUGAAAUGGGCACCGCAGUCCACAAGAUCGCACUUACAAGAGUAUCUCAAUCAGGUGCCAAACUCGACCUUAUGGCAUCAUUGCGGCUUAGCAUUAGCCACUGGAGCUUUAUUAGGCGCCGCUGGCUUGAACAGAAUGUCGGCUCCUUUACCACAGUCGGCACUGAACAAGAGGCCCUCCUGUGUGACGCAAGAUUCAGCGGCUUUAUUGGCCGUAGUGUCUCAGCGAAGCAGAUAUGCUGGCGAGGUAGCGGGGGCAGUUUACGCCGAAGGUGGCGGCGAAGCGGCUUUAUGGCGCGUAGGUAGCCGCCUACAGACGUCAUUACGGGAAGCCUGCGCUGCAGGAAGUGAGACUUCGCACAGAGCCUCGUUGUGGAGGGCUACGGCCCUAUUGGUCCAUGCGCGGCAACAUCCGGCGCAUGCGCAUGCCGCGCCCACUGCUCGCGCCUUACUUCACUCCGUCGCGUGGUCUCAAGUGGAGUUAUUCACAGAAGACGCAGUGAGCACUGCAGUAGAAUGUUGGCAGUGGCUCAUUACUUCCAGGCCUGAUUUGGAGUUGCGAUUGUUGCAAGAAAUAUUCGCAGCGUGGCUGUGCACUGUAGAUAGAAAAAUGGGACUGUUUUCUAAACAAAUAGAGGAGAUCAGCCCAUUGGCUGCUUAUGAAGGUGCCAAAUUGGAACCUCGCCCGCCGUUCGUAGCGCCGCACGCGGUGUGGGUUCGAUUCCUGUGCGAGGUGGCCGAAACUGCGAAGUACAACAGCCUCGAGAAAGUUGAGAUGCUGGCCAGUCUACUGCACAGAUCUCUUCCUGUAACAGUUGGUGAUACGAGAGAUCACAUAAAUAGGCACGUUGAGGCAGUUGGAGUGCGAUUUCGAUUACUAUCGUGCGGCUUGUCACUUCUUCAAGGCGACAUCCUUCCGCGUUCCAUAGCUCGCAAUAUCUUACGAGAGAGAGUGUACAGCGCCUGCCUCGACUACUUUUGUAGAGGACUGCAGUGUCCGGCGAAGAACUGUAACGCGUUGAGGGAAGAUAUAAUAUCGCUCAUCAAGUUCUGGCAACUCAUGCAUUCCGAUAAGAAGUAUUUGAAGAGCAGUGAUAUGGGGGGUGAAUACGAACUGAUGGGGCCCAGUAGCCAGCAGAGUAUAUACACUGCCAACUCACCGACCGACAACCGGUCUUCGGUGAACAGUAGCGACAUCGGCAGUAGACAGACUACGGGGUGGAUUAACACGGUCCCUAUGUCUACAACUACACUGAGUAGCGGGGCGGGCAGUAUAGCAGGCAAGCGUUCCAACCGCAGCGUCAAACCGCCCGCCAAACCACAAGACACAUUCGUCAAGGAUUACGUUCGGAAACGUAAUCUUAUCCUGGAGCUUAUGGCUGUGGAAAUAGAGUUCCUAGUCACUUGGCACAACCCUCACGGGCGGACAGAACAAGCGGUUCCGGGUGAAGACAAUAUAGCUACUUGGAGAUCUAAACCCAAUACUGACAGAACGUGGAGGGAUUAUGCCAAACUAGCUUGGGAUAUCAGUCCAACGCUGGCAAUAUUCUUACCGGAAAGGCUAAAGAACGAGGGAAUAAUUGCGGAAAUGCGACGGAAAGUACAGGCGCAGCCGACUGCGGUUUGCCACGUGCCGCAAGCGCUCAAGUAUCUCGUCACUACGGAAACGUUGCUUGCUGAUGCUCAUGAGUUGGUGCACAUGGUGACAUGGGCUCGCGUGACUCCCGUCGAAGCGCUGUCGUACUUCAGCCGUCAGUACCCGCCGCACCCGCUGUCCGCGCAGACAGCGGUCAGCACACUCACCUCGUACCCGUCGUCCGCCGCGCUGCUAUACAUACCGCAGCUGGUGCAGGCGCUGCGCCACGACACGAUGGGCUACGUAGCGGAACUGAUAAAGUCAUUGGCGAAGAACUCCCAGGUGGUGGCACACCAACUCAUCUGGAAUAUGCAUACUAACAUGUACACAGACGAAGAAAUGCAUAAUAAGGAUACGGCCCUGUUCGAUAUACUAGAAUCUCUUACUAAAAGCAUCGUGGAUACCCUCUCGGGCCCAGCUCGAGCGUUCUACGAAAGGGAGUUCGACUUCUUCAGCCAGAUCACCAAUAUCAGUGGCAUUAUAAGACCUUUCCCGAAGGGUGCCGAGAGGAAGAGAGCUUGCUUGGAAGCGUUGAAGAACGUUAAGGUUCAACCUGGGUGCUACCUACCAUCUAAUCCUGACUCAAUGGUUCUGGAUAUAGACUACAAAAGCGGCACUCCUAUGCAGAGUGCAGCCAAAGCUCCAUAUUUGGCGAGGUUCCGAGUACGCAAGUAUGGCAUCGCUGACAUGGAGGCGGUCGCUAUGGCAAUAGUGUCGGGCGAAGAUUUACCGAGUGAGGAGGGCAGAGAUCGUUUCACAUCUAUGGCGGCGGAAACGUGGCAGGCGGCCAUCUUUAAAGUGGGCGAUGACGUCAGACAGGACAUGUUGGCGCUGCAGGUCAUCUCGCUGUUCAAGAACAUAUUCCAGCAGGUCGGGCUCGACCUGUACCUGUUCCCGUAUAAGGUCGUCGCCACUGCACCUGGGUGUGGCGUGAUCGAGUGCGUUCCAAAUGCCAAGUCUCGGGAUCAGCUCGGAAGGCAGACCGACAUAGGAAUGUACGAGUACUUCAUCAAGAAGUACGGCGACGAGACAACCAGGGAAUUUCAGGCUGCGAGAAGAUGUUUCAUCACGUCAAUGGCGGCGUACAGCGUCAUCGGGUUCCUGUUGCAGAUUAAAGACAGGCACAAUGGAAACAUCAUGUUGGACAACGACGGACAUAUCAUACACAUAGAUUUCGGGUUCAUGUUCGAAUCGUCGCCGGGCGGCAACUUGGGCUUUGAGCCGGACAUCAAGCUGACCGACGAGAUGGUGAUGGUGAUGGGCGGCAAGAUGGAGGCGCCGCCCUUCCGGUGGUUCUGUGAACUAUGUGUGCAGGCCUUCCUGGCCGUCAGGCCAUAUCAAGAAGCUAUCAUAUCCAUGGUGUCUCUAAUGCUGGACACCGGUCUCCCGUGCUUCCGAGGUCAGACUAUUCGCUUAUUACGUUCCCGUUUCGCCCCGAACUCUACGGAGAAGGAAGCGGCCGCCUACAUGCUUUCUGUCAUACGUAACUCCUUCCUUAACUUCAGAACUAGGACGUAUGACAUGAUUCAGUAUUAUCAGAACCAGAUACCUUAUUAAACGGAUGGAUACUUGAUUUUUUUAGUUUGAGACUGUGUACUGUAUUUGGUUUGAACGAGAGAUUUGAUGUAGAACGACUUUAUGUGCACUUUUAGGUCCGUAUUACAGAAUGACAACUAAAUGUUGAUGUUUACUUGAGUACAGUUAGAAAGGGAUGUCGCUAUGUGCUGCAUCUAUAUACAUCCCUUUCUAACUAUGCUCAAGACUAGAUCAAUCACUGAGAUUUUUUCUCUAAUACGGGCCUUAGUCUGUUAAUAGAAUCGAAGUUCAUACAAUCGUUGUAAUUUUGAUUUACAAUUCGUACGUGUUCGAAGUGAAACUUCUUUACGCACGCUUGACUUGGGAGGUAAGCUGGCGAAUGCGUUACGCGUUACGAAAAGUGUGUUCGGGCGAGGCAAACGGGAGUUGAGUGGGGGAUAUAAGCAACAGAAAGCAGUGCGCGCGCAUAUUUUCUUUCUCUCUUUCUAUAGCUAGUAAAUGAAAUAUGUAUAUGUACAUACAAGUACAUAUAUUAUACACAUACACAUAUAUAUAUAUAUAUACAGAUGGAGCUAAAGAAGUUUCACUUCAGUCGUGUGGUUAUAAGCAGACUCGUUUUAUUUAUUAUUUUAUCAUACACAAAAUGUAAAUACGUCGUAACCAAUCCGAUGAACCAAUCGUAUAAUCCCUUAUUAAGUCAUAAUACUUUAAAAAAUCGGAAGCAUUAUUGUUUAGAAUUCUAAGUUAGAAAGCAUACAGAAACACUGAAGGGAGAAGCCAUAGCGACCAUUACUAUUCAAAUCAUUGUCAUAUUUUGCGUGGGUACGCAAACGCAGUUUAACGUACGCGUCGCAUAUAAAACAAAACUGUAACUACCGUAGACAAAGACCCACUUUCACCAAACUUCGUCAAUUCAUUUGUUAGCUAACGGUUCGUUAAAACUAACAAGGCUGUUAAAUUAAUUGAAGUCCUAUAUUAAAAAUGUGAAAACAUAUACAUAUGUAACAGACCAUUACUAAAUUGACCGUGAAGGGAGUGACUUGAAAACAUAUAUUAAAACGACUAAAACAUAAUGUCAUUAUUUGUUUGGCAUAAAUAUGAUGACGUAUCUUAUUUUCGUCGAAAGUAUAAUAUUUUUCAUUAAAUCUCUCGGUAUUUUUUUGCGAUUUGUAUUUGUACUUGUACGAAAUAACAGCAGGUGGUAGUUGUGAAUUUAUUGCACACACACACUGCAUGUGUUUUUCUGUGUUCAAUAAGUACACGCAGUCACACAUCAACUUACAAAAAACUAUAAAAUUGCCUCAAUAGAUUGUUGAUAAAACUUAUCAAGUAGCAUAAAUCACAAAAUCUGUUGGAGAAAUUUCAUAGUUUUGUGUAAAUUGCCUAGUGGCUUUCUGUACAAUGUUUUACUUCAUACACAGGAAUAUAAUUAGCAUGCAAACACAGAAGUGCGACCAUCCUUAAUUUACAAAGUGGUAACAGUUAUUGAGUUUCAGAAAUGAUUAGUGAAUAAUUGUCACUUUUAAAAAGCCAAUCUUAGUGAGAUUUACACAUAAAUUUUUGUGUUAUCACUUUAUAUACGUAUAGAAGAUUAAGAUACGUAUUAAAGUAGAAUCUACUUGUAAGUUCAAGAAGAAAAAAGUAAUAUCAUUCAUGUCGUUUUGUUUGAUAACAAAUAAGUAGGUGCUUUUUAUUUAUAUUAUGUCACUACCACUAAGGGCCGAUUCACACCGGAAUGGCAGCGGCCGGCAGCGAUGUCGACGCGGCGAGCACGAUUAGUGUAACGUAAGUUAAAACUUCAACUACAUACUUAAAAGAUCAGUAUUGCUUAAAAACUUAAAGGAGUCACAUCGCUUGCGACACCGCGAGAUCUUUUCAAGCGAUAGUCUUUUAAUUAUGUAUAUAAAGUUUAAAAUUAUUACUCAAAAUGCUGGCCGCAUCGUUGCCGGCCGCUACCAUUCCGGUGUGAAUCUGCCUUACACAAUGUUUUUGUUUUACUGAUAGGUUCAGGCCAGGCAGUCUGCUGUAUCCAAAAACUACAAUUUUUUGCACUAAAAUUACAGUUGAUCUUUGAAUCAAAACUGCUAACACAGUUAACUGGCUUAUUAGAAGGGAGCGGAUCUGCAGUCAGUUUUUGUGCAGUUGUUGCUUUUUUAUAUUUUUCAAUAAGUAGACCCUUAAAAAGUUGGUAUACGCCCCUUUUAGAAAAGUAUACAAAGUUUAUGAUCGUAUCAUUGAAACUAGUGUAUUUAAAGAAAAUUAUAUUAACCACUUAAAAUAUGUUUAUAUGUAUGUUUGAUAAAACACGUUAUUCUAGUUUUAAAAAGUUAUACGUUCGCCUCGAAUGUACCACGCAACCUCGCAUAUUCAAGGGGUUUAUUAACUAACUACCUCUUUGCGUGAUAUUGUUCAGGGACAUUAAGCAGUUUUUCGCCCCGUAAAAUUCGAAACGUAACAAAGAAAAUUCACUAUUAUCUCCGCUACAUAAUGUACAUAUUCCUACUGAGAUAAAAACAGAGGCGAGAGAUAAAAAUUAAACGCGCGAAUUUACGCGCAUUGACGUCUAAUUAUUAGCUCAGAAGGAAAAUGGGCAUUACGUUACGGAGAUAAGGGUGAAUAUGCUUUGUUACCGUUUCUGAAAUAAACUUCGACUCUGCGCUAGUAUGAAUUAACCAUUAGGAAUAAAGAUCACAUCGCAGACUGGACGCAAUAAUAUGUCCUGUAUUAAAACCCUAAUGUUGUAAUUAUUAAUUUUAGUAAAAUUGAUAAAUAAAUUUUUGCCAAUUUAGAUUUCCCUUAUAUUGUAUUCACCUGUUAAGCAUUAUUCAGAUUAGCUUUUUACGCGAGUUUCGUAUAAAAGCGUGUAUACAAUACGCGCAUUAAAUGAAAGCGAAUACAUACCUAGUUUGUACCGACGUCAAAAUACGUUAAUCUGAGAAAGCAUUUAGUAAUGAAACUCUAUGUAGUAAUGAUCUAUAAAUCCUGUUGAGUCACUAUACUUGUUUGUGCAUAAUAAAUGUAUAGUCUGUUGUUGAAUUAUGUUUAAAUUAUAUUUUAAUAAUAAUAAUAACUUGUAGAAAAAAAUCAUAACUAUGUAUUUAUAUUAAUCUUGACAUUCCUGUGAUUACCUUCGUGUUGUUAUGAAAUAAAAUAUUUGGUAAAGGAAA